CCUUUUUUACUUUUAUAGUAAAAUUUGAAAGUGAUGUUAUUUGUGUAAUGUGAUCUUCACCAACUGUGUUAUCCAAAGAGUAUGUUUAAAGCUAGUUACUAAAAGCUUGAUCUUAACCUUUAGAGAUUAAGAUAAAGAGUCCAGUCCUCUAUCCUUCAUAACUUUUUUGUCUUCUUGUAAGAUUUGAUUUUAACAAUAUCUAUUCCAUGUGUUUUCAAGGGACAGAAGCAGUCAGUAGUUGAGAAGUGGUUGGCCAGCUGCUUACUAUUGUUCUGAGCUGAUUAUUUUCACUCUGAAGUAGUUCUACCAAGUGAAGUUUAGGCUGCCUGUUGGCUGAUGGCUGAUGGUAGUUUUUUUGUCUUAGCAAAUCUUUUUAGGUAAUGAACUGAGGGGUAAAGAGAGUGCAUGGCAAGUCUGCUGUCACAUGCAAAUACUUAGAAAUGUGACUAAUUGUUUUUCUGGAGCCUGGUGUACUUGUUUUGGAUGGUAGCACAAAACCCCAAACCUUUGGUUAAACAUAUCUAACUUGUAUGCAGCUUAAUGUGACUGGCAAGAAACCUGUUUUGUUCUUUAAUGUUUUUGUGGCUUUUCGGCACACCAUCUUUAAUUCUUAAAUUGGUUUCCUUUGGAGCCUUAAAAAAAAGAAAAUUAAAAAUCCUCUCAUAAGAUGGAGGAUUAAAAAAAAUCAGGAAUCAGUUGUAAAAACACCUAAAAUAAGCUUUUCACUUCAAUUAUGUUUCUUAAGUAAAAAGUGUUUGGAAAUUAUUAGACCAUGGCUUUUAGUGUUUAGUCCUUGGCUGGUUUUGCAGUGAAAAAUGCAAAGUUAAGUGCUCCAAAGUUUUUGGUGGUUUUUUUUUUUCCUUCUAUAAAAUAUACAAAAGUUAGUUACAACUUAAUAAUGUUAACUAGGUUUGUUUGUAACUCUGGAAUUAAUGGUGUUCUUUGAAGGGAGAGUAUCUCCUAUUUUCAAGUAACUUAGUGGUGCAGUGUCUUCAGAGUCUGAGUAGGGCUGGUGCUGUAAUUUAUUUGCAUAUAAAGUACCUUUAUUGCUAUUCUUGCUAUAAGAUAAUGAUUCUCUGCUUUCUGUCCAGAUUUGGCUGUGACUUGGUGCAUGGGUGUCAUUACACCUAAAGCUGCAUCAGCAGCUCUGUAGGAUUUGGCUUUGGGUUUUCUUGGUCAGCAUAAAUGUGGGCACAUUUCAGUGUUUUGUGGGAGCCCCUGUGCUUCUGCUCAGUGUGUGGGGUAUGAGCAGGGGUGAAGGCAAUGUUGUCCUGCCUCAGAUUUCCACAUUAGUGAGUGUGUUUGACUGGAGCCUACAGGAAGGAAGGCACAUGCCUACACAGACUGUGUUUCCUUUAGUCAAGGAUAGAUACCACUCUGAUAGUUCAGCUCUUAUCUUUGUGUUUUGUGCUAAUCUUUUAUACUGACAAAAUUCAUACUUUGAAGGUACUGCUAAUUUUUUAAUUUGACAUAGUAAAGCUAGUAAUUAAUGUCAGCAGACUUGAAAAAAAAUGCUUAGAAUUCUAAAAUUAUAUCAAGUCUUGAAAUCUGAAGACUUCAGUGAGGGCUGAAAGUCCCUGUGCCUAAAGGAGUGGUGCAAAGGGAAUGUAAUUUGUCUGAUCCUUGAAAACCUACUCACUGAAGUAGUUGUGCUCCUUAGUGUGUGUGUAUGCAAGUGGAAUCCUUGGCAGCACAUGCCCUUCCUUUGAAUGGUGUAGGUUGAGAACACAAGGCUUGAGGACCUAAUAUUUAAAAAAAAAAAGGAAGCAAAUGAAUAAAUUAAUUUAAAACAUCAAGCAUGAAGUCUGUAGUCAGGCAUGCAAGUCAGGCAAGGACAGAAUAAUUGCUUUCUCUUAUGUAUUGACAGAACAGAGAUGGGCUUGUGGGCACAGUGAUGUAUCUUCAAAGACACAGUGGUGUGAGUUUAGUUCUCUAUCCACGAGAUAGUUAUUAUUGGGCAGUGUGGGGUUUUAAUGUCAGUAGAUGCAACAGAUAUUUAAGUCCUGAAGCUUUCAAUACUUGUCAAUGUUAAACUGUUAGUGCCAAAGGGAUUGACUGAGAAGUUAAAGAAAGCCAAGGUUACUUCUUCCAGUUCUGGCAACAUCACCUUGGACAAAAAGCACCAUUUCGGAGUGCAGAGAUACCCUUUUUUAUUAAAGGUGAUUAACUUCUCCAAGACCAUUGUGAUUAAAACCUCCAACUGCAUGUUUGGGGAGAGAAGGGAGGGAGGAAUGUGAUGUGGCUGAUGUGCCUCAAAACAGAGGCAGCAAAGUUAGCUGAGGUAUGGGAAUGGGCUUGGGGUGUGUGCACUGCAUUGCCAUGUGGUGAGAAGGUGCCCUUUUGCUGCCUAAACUGCAGUGCCUCAGAGGAUGGCUGAUUCUCCGUAUCACUUUUUGUUGUCUUGCAUCCAGGGUAGUGUGUUUUAUGCUGUCACUGUUACCUGUAUUAACCUUUAAGCUACUCCCUUUUAAAAACAAAAUGAAAAACAUUAAAAUAGAACCCAGAUUCUGUUGUUCAUGCUCAAAAGGUUCAGCCAAGUCCUUUGUCAGAAGACUCUCUAGUCUGGUAGUGGCACACCAGAGGUAAUUGCUGGAAGCUGAAGAUGAACUAGGAAGUGGGAAUAGGUGCAAAUAAACAUAAUUGCUUCAACACACAACUAAAGAAAAAGUUGAAUUCUUCUCUAAGAUUGAAAGCCUUUUUGAAGGCAGUGUUAGACAGCGGGAUCAUUGUAGAUAAGAAGUGACUGGAUGGAUACUGGAUGGAUACUGGAUGGAUACAUAAUGACUCAUGAUGUUCAGGCAUAUGGUAUCCAGUUAUUCCUUCUGGUGCUCAGAGACUCCUGGGUUAAUGAAAUUGUUCCACCUUUACAGUUUGGUCAGUAGAGCAGACAAGGAAAAUGGUGUGGGCUUAGUCUUUUUUCUGCACCGUUCUUCCUCAGUGUCAAGAGACUGAGAAGAGGAGACAGGACCAACAUUCCUUAGGAUCCCACAGGUCCUUUAAGGAAUCUGAAGACAGUGGAUGUGUGAGGGCCUGUCAGCAAGCCUCAGUGCCCAUUCCAAGAAUUCUCCAGUACUGAAGAGAAGAAAAGAGGAAAAAAACCCCCCUAAAACAACAAAACCAGUUUUGUUGCCUAUCUCCCUUGCUGGCUUCAGUGCUGGCUGAAUGAUCAGCAGUGAAGCUGCCCUAAUGCCAAGACUAUGACAUGGUCCUCUUAAGCUCUGGUGCAGAAUCAGUCUGUUCUCAGCCUGCUUCUGGUGAAACUUGAAGGGGAGGAAUCUGUAUCCUCAUCUCCAUCUUGGGAAGUCUUCAGUCAUUCCUUUUUCUGUGUUGGAACACAACCUUUUGGAACUGAAGAUGGGAUCUCAAGGAUUUCUAGGAUUGUUCUCGCUACUCUGCAGGUUAUCAGGUAGCACUGAUUUCAAGUGAUAGUGUCAAAGUAAGACUUGAAUGAAGGCUGCAUUCAAUCUCCCUUGUGCCCAGCUAUCCCAUUAAUGCAUGUUACAGUAAGUUCUCUUACCUGAGUGAGCAGUUGGGGUGUCACUGCAGGGGUCAGCACUACGUGGCUGUAACAGCCUGAGUCAGUAGCUUUUCAUUUCUGGCAUGUUGCAGUCCUGUGUUUUGGUUUGGUUUUUUCCUGACUAACUAAAAUGAAGUUUGUUUUCUAUUGAAGCUUUGCCAUAGGUUUAAGAAAUGUGGAGCAAAAAGUUCUGAGCACAGUGCUCUUUAUUAGAAGGAGCAGAAAACUGAUUUUUUUGGGUUUUUUUACCCUCUAGCUUGGGGACUUGUGGUGUUGUACGGCUUUGGGAGAGAGACAUUGCUCUGGUUUUGGGGAGGUUUGGGGGGUGGGAGGGGUGUCCUGCCAUGCUCCUCUCCAAGAGCAGGAUGUGCACUGUGCUGUGAAUGGGCUGUGACUGAUCUGUCCUGCAGCCCAGGGAAUGGCAGGGGUCACCUAGAGGUGAGGGUUGGGAAGCAGUGCUUCCCAGAGGAGAGUGCUCUCAUCUUUGAGGCAUCAGAGGGGUUGGAUCAGCAGAGGGAAGCUGUUCUUUGAGUUGUACGGAGGGAGGGGCAGUGAAUGGAAGGACUGGUCCAGCUCCAGUACCGAAUGCAAGGGCCUCUUCUGUGUCUCAGAAAAGAUUAUUUUGAAGGCUAGUUAGCCAGAUUCAGAUCAGUUCUGUAGCAAUACCCAGCAGUGAUUUUGGAAGAUAAAACUGCUCUAAUUUUGGAAUGAACCUGAUGAGUUUGUGCCGAUCUUUAAUCUCCCUGUUUUUCUUUUCUUACAGCAAGCAAGGAUUUGGCACAGACAUCCUAUUUCAUGGCUACCAACAGUCUUCACCUUACUACGUUCUGUCUUCAGUACAAGCCCACAGUGAUAGCAUGUGUGUGCAUUCACUUGGCCUGCAAGUGGUCCAACUGGGAGAUUCCAGUGUCAACCGAUGGGAAACACUGGUGGGAAUACGUAGAUCCCUCAGUUACUCUAGAACUGCUAGAUGAGCUAACUCAUGAGUUUCUGCAGAUACUGGAGAAAACACCCAGCAGGCUCAAGAGAAUUCGAAAUUGGCGGGCAAAUCAGGCAGCUAGGAAACCUAAAGGUGAUGGACAGGUAUCUGAGAACUCACUUCUUGGUUCAUCUUUGGUCCAGAAUUCCAUUUUGGUGGAUACAGUGACUGGUGUAGCUGCAAACACAAGUUUCCAAAAACCAUCAACAUCAUUUCCCGCACCAGUACCUCUGACCUCAGGAAGUAUUUCUGUUCCAGACAGUCAUGCACCUGAAAAUUUGGCAAUAUUAGCUACAGGAAUGCCAAGUACCUCAUAUAGUUUGGCAUCACACCAGGAAUGGCCUCAGCACCAAGAGCAAACACGGACAGAACAAAUAUACUCUCAGAAGCAGGAAACGUUGCCUGCGAGUCAGUACAACAUGAACUUCCAGCCGGGGACAUCUGUACAGAUGCACUCUGGAGUACAUCACAGACCUGACAAACUUGCUGAGCAUUCGACUGUCA